CUCCGCCCCAAAAACAUAAUCCACCGAAGAAGAAGACCAUCAACAAAAUAUGCAAAACUUUCCUUGAGCUGUCAUUUCGAUUUGAUCUUUUCAGUAAGAGGGAUGGGGUUCUUAUCCGGAAGAAGCAUUUUCUACACAGUUUUCUUCGUUAUACUGCUGUCAGAGGGACAUUUUCGAUGGGUUGAAGCCCAGCAUUGUGUGUGGCACGGUGAGUGUGGUGAGUCUGAAAAAGUGCCUGGAAAAAAGUACAACUGUAACUACACCGGUCCUCCCAUCCCGCUAGACAGAGAUGCUUAUGAACUUGUCACGGACCUUUGUCCUGGAUAUGACUAUGGAAACCGAAGUCUCUGCUGUGAUGCUGCCCAGUUGCGAACUCUCAAAGCAAGUCUCCAGCUGCCCUAUCAGUUCCUGUCUCGCUGUCCUGCCUGUUACUUCAAUCUGAUGACCCUCUUCUGUGAGCUGACAUGCAGCUCCCACCAAAGUCAGUUCAUGAAUGCUACCAAGAUCAAUGGGCGUAAUGUGGUGGAAGUACAGUACUAUAUUGGACAAACAUUUGCUAAUGCCAUGUACAAUGCCUGUAAGGACGUCCAAGCACCGUCUAGCAAUGUGAAGGCCUUAUCACUGCUGUGUGGCAAGGACGCAAAGGACUGCAAUGCUACUAACUGGAUCCAGUACAUGUUCGAUAUUAACAAUGGACAGACUCCCUUCCCUAUCAUUCCAAUAUUCUCAGAUGCCCCGGUGUCCGGUUACACUCCCAUGAACAACAAGACGUAUGCCUGCACCGAAGGCUUGGAGGAUGGUUCAGGUCCUUGCUCCUGCCAGGACUGCACAAAGGCUUGUGGGCCCAAACCUGUACCGCCCCCUGUCCCCCAACCCUGGACAAUCUUUGGUGUUGAUGCAAUGACUGUCAUCAUGUGGAUUUCUUACAUGGCCUUCUUGCUGAUUUUUAUGGGAGCUGUACUGGGAGCUUGGUGUUACAGGAAAAGGAGAAUCAUGUCGGAGUAUGGCCCCAUACAGGACAGUAAUGACCCACGGUCUCUCAACAGUGAUGAUUCUGACCAGGUAAAUGCAUCGUGUGGUGAAACUCUUGGCGAACGCUUUGAGAAUGCACUCCGGAUCCUCUUCAGCUCCUGGGGUUCUUUCUGUGUGCGGCAUCCCACUCUGGUCAUACUGAGCAGCCUGGUACUGGUGGGAGCCUCCGCUGGGGGACUGGCCUAUAUGCGCAUCACUACUGACCCAGUUGAGCUGUGGUCGUCUCCCACUAGCCAGGCUCGUCAAGAAAAAAACUACUUUGACAGCCACUUUGGACCCUUCUUUAGAACUGUACAGCUUAUUAUAACCACUCCACUCAGUACCGGUUCCGUGUACUCCCCGUACCCUGCAGGAUUAGAUGUCCCAUUCACAGCUAUACUGGGAAAAGACAUCCUGCACCAGGUGCUGGAUCUGCAGCUUCACAUCGAAGACCUUGUAGCCAUCUACGAGGGCCAAAAUGUCACCCUAAAGGACAUCUGCGUGGCUCCGCUGGCCCCAUACAAUGACAACUGUACCAUCUUGAGUAUCCUCAACUACUUCCAGAACAGCCACUCUGUGCUGGACCACAGCAUAGGAGAUGAAUUCUUUGUAUUUGCUGACUAUCACAGCCACUUCCUCUACUGUGUCAGUGCGCCAGCGUCCCUCAACGACACCACUCUCCUGCAUGACCCUUGCUUAGGCACCUUUGGUGGCCCCGUCUUCCCUUGGCUGGCCCUUGGUGGUUACGAUGAAACAAACUACAACAAUGCCACAGCUCUUGUGAUCACCUUUCCACUCAACAACUACUUGAAUGACUCGGUUAGGCUGGGAAAAGCUUUGGCAUGGGAGAAGGAAUUCAUCAAGUUCAUGAAAAACUUCAGAAACCCCAACCUGACCAUAGCCUUCAGUGCAGAGAGGAGUAUUGAAGAUGAAAUCAACAGAGAAAGCAACAGCGACAUCAGCACCAUAGUACUCAGCUAUGUCAUUAUGUUCGUCUACGUCUCCCUGGCCCUGGGUCACAUUCACAGCUGCAGGAGAGUGAUGGUGGAUUCCAAGAUCUCCCUGGGUGUAGCAGGAAUCCUUAUCGUGCUCAGCUCCGUUGCCGCCUCACUAGGGAUCUUCAGCUAUGCUGGUAUCCCCCUCACCCUCAUUGUGAUUGAGGUCAUUCCUUUCCUGGUGCUGGCUGUUGGAGUGGACAAUAUCUUUAUUAUAGUACAGACAUAUCAGCGGGAUGAGAGGAUGCCUCAGGAGGAACUUCACCAGCAGAUUGGUCGUAUUCUUGGAGACAUAGCUCCUAGCUUGUUCCUCUCCUCUUUUGCUGAGACACUGGCCUUCUUCCUGGGAGCCUUGUCAAACAUGCCUGCAGUGAGGACGUUCUCUCUGUUUGCUGCUUUGGCUGUCUUUAUUGAUUUCCUGCUGCAGAUCAGCUGCUUUGUCAGCUUGCUCGGCUUGGACGCUAAAAGACAGGAGAGUAAUCGGUUUGACGUCGUCUGCUGUGUGACACUGCCUGAAGGCCAGGAAACAAAGACAGAUGGCUUCUUCUUCUGGUUUUUCAAGAAAGUCUAUGCUCCAUUCAUCCUCAAAGAGUGGGUGCGACCAAUAGUAGUCGCAGUGUUUGUAGGAAUGCUAUCGUUCAGUAUUGCUGUGGUGAAUAAAGUAGAGGUUGGACUGGACCAGAAAUUAUCCAUGCCUGAUGACUCGUACGUUCUGGACUACUUUAAGAGCAUGAGCAAGUAUCUCCACACUGGAGCUCCAGUGUACUUUGUGGUAGAGGAUGGUCUCAAUUACAGUAGCACAGAGGACCAGAAUGUGGUGUGUGGAGGGGUGGGCUGCAACAACAACUCUCUGGUUCAGCAAGUCUAUGAAGCCUCACUCAUCAGCAAUUACACAACCAUUGCUACCACACCGUCUUCCUGGCUAGAUGACUACUUUGACUGGGUGAAGCCUCAGUCCACCUGCUGUCGAUACUACAACACCACUGGAGCCUUCUGCAAUGCAUCAGUGGUCAACGCAUCUUGUGUGGGCUGUCGGCCCAUGACUCCUAGUGGGAAGGAGAGGCCUGUAGGAGAAGACUUCAUGCGGUUUUUACCCAUGUUCCUGUCAGACAAUCCCAACCCCAAGUGUGGGAAAGGCGGCCAUGCAGCCUACGCUUCAGCAGUUGACCUGUAUCCCAACAACACAGGGGUUGGAGCCUCUUAUUUUAUGAGCUACCACACCAUACUGAAGGAAUCCCCAGACUUCAUAAAUGCUUUGAAAAAUGCACGAACUCUGGCUAACAGUAUCAGUCAGGUCACGAACCACAAAGUUUUUGCCUACAGUGUCUUCUAUGUGUUUUAUGAGCAGUACCUCACCAUUGUGUACGACACCGCUCUGAACUUAAGUCUGUCACUGGCAGCCAUAUUUGUGGUAACGGCAGUGUUGUUGGGUUUUGAGCUGUGGUUAGCUGUGAUCGUCAGCAUUACCAUCGCUAUGAUCCUGGUCAACAUGUUUGGCGUCAUGUGGCUGUGGGACAUCAGCCUGAAUGCAGUAUCCCUCGUCAACCUAGUCAUGAGUUGUGGUAUCUCUGUAGAAUUCUGCAGUCAUAUUGUGCGAGCUUUUUCCAUCAGCAUGAAGAAAAACCGAGUGGAACGGGCUGAGGAGGCUCUAGCUCACAUGGGCAGCUCCGUGUUCCGUGGAAUCACAUUAACAAAGUUCGGCGGUAUCUUAAUUCUGGCGCUUUCCAAGUCACAGAUCUUCCAGGUCUUCUACUUCAGGAUGUACUUGGCGAUAAUCCUGCUGGGUGCCACACACGGCCUCAUCUUCCUCCCUGUACUGCUCAGCUAUAUAGGUCCUUCAGUGAACAAAGCAAAGGUGUUUGCUGCUAAUCAGCGCUACGCAGGUACAGAAAAGGAGCGCCUCCUCAACUACUAGCAGGCGCUUUGGGACAAUGGAUUAUUUGUCUUGGAGAGACUGAGGGUGUGAGCGCAAGCUGCUUCUGCGAUUACUGACAUACAUGGUUGUUGCCACUACUAUGCACAGAUUUAACUCAGGAAGAUACUUGGGAUAAUAGUACUGAACGCCUUGUCCACCUGUAUACUCACUGGGUUCCUUCUUUGGACUUCCAUCAUUCCUACACUACAGGACAAGCAUGACUUUAGUAUUUAAAGUGUAAGUGACAUGCCAUGGAACAAAACAAAAAGAGGCUGUGGUAGAGACAUCAGUUUACAGAGAAAUCCUAGGUCAGAGUCAUAUACUACAAGCUAUUUUGCUUUGGGAAGAUUCAGAACGGAACAGGACUAAACCAAACCUUGGGACGCUAACUUUUAACAGUUUUAUCAUUUAAUAAAGUUAGAAAAGUAUGCAGUGGAGCCUGCUUCUCCUUGGUGUUUAGUGUAUUUAUCUGUACAAAUUUUUUUUUUUUUUUUGCCCACAAAUGUAGUACCUAUAGUAAUAGUUUUGCAGUUGUGCAUUUAAUUUAUCAUUAUGUACUUUUAAAAACAAACAAAAAAAAAAACUUUACUAAUCCCUGUGUGGGAAAUUUCUUACUGAUGGUGGUGCUGUCAGUCAUUGCCUGGCCAUCAGGGGCAACUCAGGGUUCAGUGUCUUGACCUGAGAACACUUCAGCAUGUGGACUGGGAAUCGACCGCUCUACUGCCUGAGCCACCUCCUGUUUGGGCUAGAAUGAGAUGUGAGUUACACACAAGAAACCACUGUAUGUUCCUCUUUAGGGAACAAUUUGAGCAAAAUGAACAGUAUUUUGUUCAUGAAAAAAUGAAACAAUAGUGGCUUCAGCUGUAGAAUAAAGCGCACACAAAUUGGUGGUCACUGUUCAGACUGACCACAGUGUGGCGCCUGAAUCUAUUCAUGGCUGCUGUGCCUGCAUCCUGCUCUCAGUAAUGUAAUGGGAGUGGCCUAAUUGUUGUGAAGAGAAGCAGCCUUGCAAUACCUUCACAUGUUCACUGAAACAAACUUCUGCAAGGUGCCAGUAUUUCAAAUAUAUUAACUAAAGCAUUUGAACAGAGCUGGUUGGUCAGCCUCUGAAUCUGCAGCUUUUGGAUAUUUACACCAAAGCUUUAGCAGCCAACAUUGACUCACAUCCCAUUCAAAAGUCGCUGCCAAAUUAGAGCUGUGUACUUCCUCUCAGUGUGUGUUGUUGUGACUGUCUAUCCAGCCCUGUUAUCACACAAACCUGCAGCUCAUGACUUAUUUAUCUGCUGCCCUGUGAGAGUAGCAACUGUUCUUUGAAUCUUGCUGAGAGAUUAAAAUAUUAAUUUCCUCUGCAGGAGAGAAUAUAAAGGUUGUGAGAGUAGUAUUAUGUAAAAUGUGCAGGGCUCACCUCUCACUAGGCUCUGACCUGACCCCAUCUUUUAUUGUGACACACAGAUUGCACAGCAAGGGUAGUGUAGUUCAGUAAAGUAUGAAAAACAUUUUAGGAGCAGAAAAGUAGAAGAAAGUAAAUUUAAUACUCACAAAUCCCAGGCUGCUGUGUUCUCCCUUUUGAACGACCGGUUUGGCUCUGUGACUUAUAGUCACUGGGAGGAAAACUUGAGUGUUGUUUGUGCUGAACCAUAGUUCAGAGUAUGUGGCCUUCUUGGAGAUGCUUGGCAGGGUCCUUGAAAGGGCACCUCCAUAGUUCUACUGUGGAACGUCAAUGCUCCUGUGAGCCAUGAUGGAGAAACCUGGGAGGAAUGGCCUGCCCAAUCUGAACCCGAAUAGUGUUUUGGUAUUGGACUUCUGGGCUAGUCAUGGAUUGGCCAUAAACACCAUGUUCAAGCAUAGGGUUGCUCAUAAGUGUACUUGGUACCAGAACACCUUAGGCCUUAGAUUGAUGAUCGACUUUGUUGUUGUAUCAUUGGAUCUAAAGCCAUAUGUCUUGGACACUCAGGUAAAAAGAGGAGCAGAGCUGUCACCUGAUCACCACCUGGUAGUGAGUUGGAUCAGAUGGCGGGGGAGGCUGCUGGACAGACCUGGCAAAACCAAAUGUGUAGUGAGGGUGCGUCUUCAGUGUCGCAUGGAGGUCAGGGAUGGUGCCUGUGGACUGGCAGACUGGGGUAGUGGGUCCCAUUUUUUUUUUAAAAAGGGGGACUGGAGAGUGUUCAGUUAUUGGGGUAUCACACUACUCAGCCUCCUUGGGAAAGCCUACACCAGGGUCCUGGAAAGGAGGCUCCAACCGAUUGUUGAACCUCUGAUUCAGGAGGAACAAUGUGUAUUCUGUCUAGAUUGUAGAACAACGGAUCAAGUGUUUACCCUUGUGAGGUUACUGUGUCAAGGAGGGACUAGUCUCAAGGGUGAUGACGUUUGAUAUUCCUACAACCUCUGCAGUCUCACUUAGAGACGGCCUUUUUAUGUAAAAGCUUUAAAAAAAAUGAGCAGGGUAUACAAAGAAAAGUGGACUUUUAAAAACAAAAAGGUAUAUCAACAACCCUACAAGUCAAACUCAGUAACAUGCCCCUUUAAUAAGCAACUAUCUUGAAAGGGUAAGUAAACUACUCUGACAACAGGCUCCAGCCAUGUGUAUGGUACUGCAAAAACAGCUGUUCUUCUUAACUUCUGAGGCUAAUCUAUUAAAGUAUACUCUGUUCAAAGCUAGGCCUGCACCUGUGCCUGUUGUCCUUGAACUCACACUGGGGCCUCUA